GGUGCUGAACUCUACCGCUCUGACCUGUUGUGCUGCAGCUCCCAAACUUCCCUGAACGCGGUCAGCGCUUGUGGUGGAUAUAUGAUGGCAUACCGAUGUACUGUGCGCAGAGCCGGAGUGAUCUGUGUGAGCUGCUGAUGGUGAACAGGAGAUGUGAGCAGGGCGCGCAUAUGAAUGUCUCCUUCAUUCACUCAGGGCUGAGGAAUGUUGUGGAUUGCCACCAAAGAGAGUUGUUGGCCCCGGGAGAUGUUUCUGAUCGGUCUUUUGAUUGCUUUGCGGGAAACUAUGGCAGCACCAACCCCAACAGCUGAGGAUAUAAAUCGUGGAGUUGACUGGUUGACAAGAUUUGGCUAUCUUCCACCUCCUGAUCCAGUUACAGGACAGUUACAGACACAGGAAGAGUUGUCCAAAGCGAUCAAAGCAAUGCAGGAGUUUGGAGGGCUGAAACCCACUGGGAUCCUUGAUGAGGCCACCUUGGAACUCAUGAAAACCCCUCGUUGUUCUUUGCCUGACCUGUCCCAAUCAGAGGCCACAAGGAGGAAGCGAAACAUCCAGAUGGUGACCAAGUGGAACAAGAGGAAUUUAUCCUGGAGGGUUAGAACAUUCCCUAAAGCGUCAUCACUGGGUCAUGAUACCGUGAGGGCUCUUAUGUACUAUGCUCUGAAGGUUUGGAGUGACAUCACCCCUUUGAACUUCCAUGAAGUGGCUGGGAACAAUGCAGAUAUUCAAAUUGACUUCUCCAGGGCAGAUCACAAUGAUGGCUACCCAUUUGAUGGACCAGGUGGCACAGUGGCUCAUGCUUUUUUUCCGGGUGAUCAUCACACUUCUGGUGAUACACAUUUCGAUGAUGAAGAGUUCUGGACAUUCCGAUCAUCAGACGUCAAUGGUAUGGACCUGUUUGCGGUAGCAGUACACGAGUUUGGCCAUGCAAUUGGCCUUGCUCAUAUUUCUGAUAUGGAAUCAAUAAUGAGACCUUAUUAUCAAGGACCAGUGGGUGACCCUCUGAAGUAUAACCUACCUUAUGAUGACAAAGUUAGGAUAUGGCAACUCUAUGUGUCUCACAUGGCCUCUAAUCCUUCACCCUCUCUCACCCCAGGAGUCCGCGAAUCUGUGUCCCCCACAGCAAAGCCAGAGGUAAAUGGAGAUGAAGAUCAUCCAUUUCUACCUGAUCUGCCAGAGAACCGUUCUACCAUCCAACCAAGAAAGGAUGAGCCUGACAGAUGUAACACACAUUUCGAUGCAGUGGCUCAGAUCCGAGGAGAAGCGUUCUUUUUUAAAGGGAAGUAUUUCUGGAGACUUACGCGAAAUAAGCAUUUGGUCUCCCUCCAACCUGCUCAGAUCCAUCGUUUCUGGAGAGGGCUUCCUCUGAACAUGGAUAGCGUAGAUGCAAUAUACGAGCGGACCACAGACCAUAAAAUUGUCUUCUUCAAGGGUGACCGUUAUUGGGUGUUCAAAGACAAUAAUGUGGAAGAAGGAUAUCCCCGGCCCAUCACAGACUUUGGAUUGCCCCCAGGGGGUGUGGAUGCUGCCUUCUCUUGGUCUCACAAUGAUAAAACAUAUUUGUUUAAAGAAAAUCUUUUCUGGUGUUUCAAUGAGCGUGAGCAUAGAAUGGAUGAUGGCUAUCCGAUGGAGACUACUCUCUGGAAGGGGAUCCCCACUGCUAUGGAUGAUGCUAUGGCUUGGUCAGAUGGCUCAACCUACUUCUUCAGAGGAAAAGAGUACUGGAAAGUGCUUGACAAUAAGAUGCAAGCUGAAGAAGGUUACCCGCAAAUAACUGCACGGGACUGGCUAGUAUGCAGUGACAUGCAGUCAGAUGGACCAAGUGCAGAAAGCAGUAGGACUGGUGCUCACUCCAGACAGGGUCAGCAUGAUGAGAGCAGGUCAGAGAAUGCUUAUGAAGUCUGUUCUUGUACAUCUUCAGCAGAAUCUUUCAGCAUCAGCCUGUCAACUAACAUUUCACUGAUUCUGGUGCACCUAUUCACAGUAGCCUUGGUGUCAUACUUAUGAUGCGCCUACCUAAUGAACGUUACCAUUACACAAAGGACUGAUGGGUCAGACCUGUGAUCCUAACGUGCUGCACUGUGCUGCAGGCCAAACAUUCCGAGAAGCUUGGAAGUGAAAGAUACCAAAUUCUCCAUGAGAAAUGAACUUUUUAAGAUAGCGUCCUGAAAAGUGGUGCUCAAAUUACUGGAACAUGGAAAGUAUAUACCACAAAACUGGAAGGAGAACUUGCUGUGAAAUUACCAUGUUUUUGUUGUGGACACAAAAUUAUUUUUCAGAGUAUACAUGUUCUGCACUUUCAGCCAAAGUCUAUAGGAAUUAAA